UUUGAAAAAUGAUAACCACUUCUAAUAGUACGUUUGAUGAAGAACCAGACACUAUCUCAAGCUUUGAGGAGCAAAAGCAGCCUGAAACCUCUAUAGAGGAGGCUAAGUAUCCUGGAGAUAUGUCCUAUGACGAAUAUCUUUCUCAUCUUGGCAUCUGCCAAGAAGGCCUCCAACUUAGAAAGCAUUCAAAAUGGAGUGAGAAUCCUCAACAAAUUCAUGAAGUUUUUGAAGACUGUGGAAUUACAAUUUCAAGUAGAUUUGACUCAGGUAAUCUAUACAAAGCAGAGAAAGUGAAAGAUGACUGUUUUGAUCUUUAUAUCUCAGCAGAUGGCAAACCCUACACAAGUGAAUUAUCAUACCUUUGAUGGUUCUAUUUCAGUGUCACUGGUGCAGAAGCUUCUACUGUGCUAACAUUUACUAUUAGAAAUAUGAAAAACCAAACGAAACUUUGCACUGAUGGAAUGAAACCAUUUUUCAGGACAAAAUCUGAAGAUGGCUCUGUUACUCCUUGGAAAAGAAUUCCUUCAAAGCUAGAUUUUAAUUAUGAGGAAGAAGAAGAUAAGUUUACUGUUGAAUGGACUUUCCUUACCUCCAAAUCUCCCAGUGAUGUGACCUAUUUUGCCUAUAUGAUCCCAUAUUCUUUUAAAGAGAUCACUGAAAAGUUGGAUCAACUUGAAGAGAAGAUGUCUGAAAGAGAAAAUAUCUAUUUUCACAGAGAAUGACUGACUUAUUCACUAGAAGGCAGAAAACAAGAGAUGGUAACAGUCUCUUCAAAAGAAAGAAUUGAUAUAAACGAGGAUAGAGAGCCUCUGAUUGAACAUCUUUUUCCUGAGCAUCAAGGAGAUAUGACUAAAAGGCCGCUAAAAUUUACGGAUAAGAAGAUUAUUUUCAUAAGCUCAAGAGUUCAUCCUGGAGAAACAGGUGCUUCGCAUAUGUUCAAUGGAUUCUUAGAUUUAUUGAUGGAUAAAGAAAAUCCACACUCAGCAAGUUUGCUUAAUAACUUUGUAUUCAAGAUAGUUCCUGCUCUAAAUCCAGAUGGAAUUUAUAGAGGAUAUUACAGACUUGAUACUCUUGGGCAGAAUUUGAACCGUGAAUAUCUCGAACCAGAUCCUCUAGUCUGCCCAACUACACAUUCAGUUAAAAGUAUUUUGAAACAAAUUUCUGAUACUGGAAACUUGUUUAUGUAUGUUGAUUUUCAUGCUCAUGCUUCAAAGAAAGGAGUCUUCUGCUUUGGAAAUGCUCUUAAAGGUGAUGACCAAGUUGAAAAUGUCCUUUUCGCUCAGUUGAUGUCGCUGAAUUGUUUAAAUUUUGAUAUGACUGAAUGCAAUUUCUCUGAUAAAAUUAUGAAGAAAUUGGAUAAGAAGGGGCAAUCAAGAGAAGGUACCGGAAGAGUUGCAAUUUAUAAAGAUACAGGCUGUAAGCACUGAUACACUUUGGAAUGUAAUUUCUACACUGGAAAAAGGCUAUCAAUAAUCCCACCAAAGUUCAACAAAGAACUUGCACAAAAAGAGCCUGAGUCUGAUGCAUCUAAUCCUACUUCUAGUUUAUACAAGAAAUGAAUGUGUCCACCCUAUGGAAUAGAGAUCCUUGAAGAUGUCGGGGUUGCAUUUGCCAUGUCCAUUCUUGACUUAAUAGACGAUAAUCCAAUUUCAAGACUUCCUCUCAGUAGAUUCAGAGACAUUGAUGGAGUACGAGAAAACGUUUCCAGCACUCUCAAGAAGAAAAAGGCUGGCAGAAAGAGAUUUGUUCGUAAAAAGAAGGCAUCAAUGAAGAAAGCCCCCAUGAAAGUGAAGAUCACUAAGAAGUCUAAAAGUGCUGGAGCUGGUGCAGAAGAAGAAUCGAAGGAUUCCUCUACUUUUGAGGAUAAGGAAAAUGAGCCGUUGUCUGAACUUGAAGAAGAAGAUCCUGAGGAGCUUUCAACAGAAGCUAGGAUUACCUUUAAGGUAACCAUAGAAAAGAAAAAUGAAAAAGAAAAUCUAAGUGACCCAGAGGUAAUGGGAGGUGUUGAAAAUUCUUCAUAAUUCUGAAUCUCCAAGAAUUGUUUGGAAAUGAUUAUUUCUAAAUUUGAAAGCUCAAUC